UUGUGAAUUGUUUAUAAUGAUGGCGGAUAGCUGAAAGGAACCCCCAAGUCAAAUGGAAAGGGCAUUCACCAAACAAUACACCACUUACCAAAUCAAUCUUCUUUCCAUCACAGUUCUAGUGAACCCAAGUCGAAGGAACUUACUUUUUGAGUCCAUGAAUUCAAUCCGACCAAAAUGAAAACUUCAACUACACUAACUAAUCAAAUUAAUAGAAUCCAAAUUCUUUUUGAAAACGAAACAAAUCAAGUCAUUCUCAUGAUAUGGGUGAUCACCAUCAGAUUUUAACAGUGGAUGCGGUUUUGGUUAUGAUGUUCCAAACCAUAGUUCUGCCCUUCAUGGUGGUUGUUUGGGCAGUCAUAGGUGUACCUGCAGAAUCAUAAAGUACGAAUUCCAAACCUAAAAUGUUGUGAGAACCGGUCGUCGAAGCAUCAAUUUUUUUAACCCAUUCAGGCUCAUUCUGCGUGCAUGCCUGCUAGUUGAUCAGAAAAAGAAAUGCAGUGUUCGAAUCUUCCGACUGCUUUCAAAGCAUUCCCUCUUGCAAGAUUGUUGAUAAUUAGACAACGAACCUGUACUCAAGGAAGCUUUUGAGCAACACGGAGAAAUCAUUGAAGUUAAGGUUAUAUGUGAUCAUCGGAGUGGGGAAUCAAAAGGGUAUGGUUUGUGCAGUUCGUGUCUGAAAAGUCAGCUAGCACAGCUUUAGAAGAAUUGACGGUCAGUUAUUAGAUGGUAGAAACAUACGCGUAUUCUACGCAAACAAAGAUGGAUGACAGAAACUGUGACAUACAAGGGUACUGCCUCAGAAAUGUCCACGUAAUUGCGAUCAUCAUAGGAAUAGCUGUAACCGGUCUUUGCACAUUCAUUUGCUGGAGGUGGAUGACAAAACAGAGAGGAAAAGGCACAGAACUUUACUUACUUGAUAGUUAUGGAGAGACGUCAGAUUCAAACAUGUUUGGGGACAACCAAGAACUGGAAAUGUUCAAUUUUGAAACCCUGGCUAACGCUGCAAACAAUUUUAGCGACGCGUCAAAACUUGGGCACGGUGGUUUUGGUUCAGUCUAUAAGGCAAAUUUGGUAAAUGGACAAGUAGUAGCUGUGAAAAGGCUUGCCAAGGGUUCCGGUCAAGGCUUAGAAGAGUUCAAAAAUGAAGUUCUGGUGAUCUCUAAACUUCAACACAGGAAUCUAGUUAGACUUUUAGGUUGUUGCACUGAAAGGGAUGAGAAGAUAUUGGUAUAUGAAUAUAUGCCUAACAAAAGCUUGGAUGCAUAUUUCUCUUUGAUCCAACCCAACUAACACUCUUGGAUUGGAGGAAGCGCUUCCACAUUAUCGAGGGGAUAACCCGUGGGAUUCUUUAUCUUCACAGAGAUUCUAGAUUAAGAGUAAUUCAUAGAGAUUUGAAGGCAAGUAACGUUUUGCUAGAUGAAAAGCUGAAUCCUAAAAUUUCAGGCAUGGAAAUUGUGGAAGGAGAGCAUGGCGCAAGCAUUGAUUGAUCCAAGUUUGUUAUCUGAACAAAAUUUUGAGGCAGACAUUCUGAGAUGCAUUCAUGUGGGACUGUUGUGUGUACAAGAAUCUGCAAAACACAGGCCAACUAUGUCUACUGUACUAUCGAUGCUUACAAGCGAAAUUGUAAAUCUUCCGACUCCAAAGCAACCUGCAUUCAUUGAGAGAGAGGUGUCUUCUCCUUCAGGUUCAUCUUCUGAGACGCCAAAGCCAUUUUUUUCUGUAAAUAAUGUAACUAUCACAAGCAUCGA